AUGGGAUUCAAUUAUCCUAAGACGAGGGACGAUUCGGACUGCUCUCGUUAUUAUCACCCAACGCUAGACAAAGAAUAUACGUCGUCCACGGAGCUGUGUUAUCAGCGACUGACACUACUAAACGCGCUGUACCGCACGUCGGGAACACAACGUCGCUCGUCGUCAUUGAAAUCGGACAGAUCUGCUGGAGUUUGCAGCCACGCGAUAGCUGCGGUUACUGGGGCGCAGUUUCGACGGACGUCGAUGCUGCACCGGAGGAUCCGGUUCGGGCCGAGCAGAGUCGGCUUGAAGGUGAGGUUCACUGAUCGUUUCUUCUUGAUUCAUUGCGAUCGAAAACCGAGCGAUUGGAAUAAAAGCCAUUGA